UUUCGAUCGCAUGGUGUUCUCCCGACCUUAGUAAAGUGUCAUAAAUGCAAGACAAUGUAAAUAUCGCAAAGACCAACAUAUGUGGCGUUGUCCUAACUCGUCCCUUAUCCCAAAGACAAAAAAGAGACGGCAAUAAGUUACAACAAUGGAGAACAAGAUAAAUGAGGUUGUAGACGAGAUAAGAACCUCCACUAAGCAGCUUCACGAGCUUUGGAAGGAGGUGGGAUUUGAUGAAGAGGCGUGUUCAGAGCGCCAAUCUCGCGUUUUAGAACUUUUCAAGAAUCUUCAGAAGAAUAUAUGGGACGGAGAAAUCUCUCUAAAAAAGAAAAUCCUCACAAGUAUCGAUGAAAAUGGCAAAGAAUUUUACCAUCUGAAUAAGGAGUUAAACACUGCUAUACCUGACCCCGAGGAAAACCUUAGCUUGUUGGAGUUGGAGCGAUACCUCCGUCAUAGUGUUGAAGAAUUACACAGAGAGGUUAAAAGUCGACGUGACAGGCUCAGGGAGUUGCAUGAACGAGAGAGGGAACUUUGUGAACGACUGGUUGAAGAGCCGUCCAACAUAUCCAAGAAACUAUUUCCCUCAAAGGAAGACUUAGAGGAUCUGGAAAGAAGAAUUCGGACGCUUGAGCAAGAAAUGAUAAAUCGGGAGAAGACCUUCCGUCGCCUCAAGUCUGACCUGGUUAAGCUUUUGGACGACCUGGAACUUAAACCUAGUACCCCCUUUGAGUCCACCAUCCUGUCCGAGGUAGAAGACCUAUUCACACUAUCUCACCAGAACUUACAACGAAUGAGACAACUGAACAAAAAUUAUGAAGAAAAGGUAGGAGAUAAUGAGAAGAAGAGUCAACAACUUCAUGAACGAAUAAGACUAUUGAAUGACCGACUUGGCAUUGACCCAAGCGAGCACGCCCACUUCCUCAACACAGUAGAUGGUCACAAGCCUACGACACUCGAGAAGCUUCAGCAAGAAUUGAAACGUUUGGAGGAACUCAAGCGGCAAAAUAUGGCCCGAUUUAUCAACCAAUUACGACGUGAACUUGAAAUGUGUUGGGAAAAAUGCUACACAAGUGAAGAGGAAAGGAAUGAAUUUACUGCAUACUUCACAGAGGAUUAUACAGAUACGGUACUUGAUGCUCAUGACCAGGAAGUUCAGAGGCUUCAAGAUUACUAUAUGGAGAACAAGCACAUCUUCAGCAAAAUAAAGCACAGGAAUGAGUUAUGGAAUAAGUUAGUUGAGCUGGAAGAAAAGGCUAGUGAUCCCAAUAGAUUAUUUGGCAACCGGGGCUGUUCUUUGCUACAAGAAGAAAAAGAGAGGAAGCGUGUGAAGAUUGAAUUACCACGGAUAGAAAAGGAACUGGAAGAUAUUGUUCUUAAUUGGGAGUCCAAGCAUGGUCAACCAUUCCUCUUGGGUAAAAAGACCAUCUCAGAAUACAUCAUGGAUCAGUGGCACAUAUAUCAUGAACAGAAGGAACAGGAAAAGAAAGACAGACAAAAUGCAAGAGUUAGGCAGUUGAAUGCUGAGAGCCGCUUAGGAUCACGACCUCCUUCUGUGAAGAGGCGGUUGGCUCGUAAUGAUACUGCUAGGACAUCAAAACUCAGGCGCAUUGGAGAGGAACAAACAUUAGGACACACAACUUCCUCUACUCCCACAAGAAUGAAGUCAGUCUUACAGGAACAUGAUCAAAAUGCUCUGAAGAAUGUCACAUUGCAAUUAUUCCCCAAAAAAGAGGGAGCAAAUCUCUCCACUGCUGAAGUUUCAUCGUAUUCAACUUUUUCUGAUGGCAUUCAGCGUCGAAGUGAGCGAGAAAAUAUCCGCAGCUCAACAGUACACGGAGUGAAGAAAACUCCGUUGUUGGUGUGUCGCCAGUCUCCUCGCUACCCUCCCCGAGGCCUUCCCAAGACCCCCAAGACUUUACCUCGGGCAGCCACACGCCGUUCCCCUCGCCUUCCUGCUACCCGUUCCUCUCGCCGUUCACCCAGAAAUUCCACUGUCUCACGCUUGGUAACACCACCAGCCUCAACAACUGCUCUCAGGUCACCUCAUGUAAGAUCACAUCGCCUUGGAACUCCAAACAGAUGGAGCAAACUAAGCUUUCUCAUGUGAUAAACUUCACUAUUCAGCCAUUUUAAUAAAUGGACAUAUUUUUGUUUCAAGAGAAAUCUGAUUUUGUGACAUGUAUACAAGAUUAUCAGGGCAUGGUAGGAUUUUUGUACGUAAUAAUCAUAGAAUUGUUGUACAAGUACUGUACAGUAUUUGUAAUAAAUUUUUUUUUAUGAGAUUUAAGUAUGGUGAUUAUUUGGCUCAAGUACAAAAUAUGACUAGCAAUCUCAAAUUAGUCAGCACAGCUAUAUUUAUUAAUUUUACAAAGUUAUAAUUAUUUUGAAACUAAUGUAUGAUUUGUGAUAAAGUAAUAACUGAGGAGCUGUCAAGACUAAUUGAUGGGAGUAAUACUAAACAAUCUUCUCAAACUAUAAGGAUGUCAAAUAUAUCCUUUGUGAAGUUUCUGAUGUCCUUGGAUACAUUCCUUGUUAACUCUUGUAUACUGAAGGUUAUUUUACUUAGUAAGAGCAGCUAUCCCAGCAUCAUAGUUUUUCCACUUUCAUGCUUCUUGGUAUAAUGCAGGGUGGCUCUCCUUUCAUUCACUGUUAUUCAUUCAUUCCUUACAGAAGUAACAUGUGUUCUACUCAGGCAUUACAUUUCCUCAGUGAAGCCUCAAAUAUAUAUCUGGUUCAUUCUUGUCACUUCACAAAGCCCAGCAUCACCCACAAGUAGAAAGUUCAUGCCCAGAAGUAAUGCAGAACUACAAACAAACUAAAUCACUUGUUUUACUUGUAAACACCCUUCACUAACUAGAGGAUUGAAUUAUUGGUUAUUUUUGGAAUUUAUAAACACUACUUUACCUGCAAUUCAUACAUGUCUUCCCCAGGCACAUCUCUUGGCUGUGUUUCUUUGUCUCCUUCAAGAACACUAAUUUUUCUUGAAGUUACCAUUCAUCCUCUUACCAAGCCCUUGUCAACUUUCUUACAUAUGCACUCAAAAUUCAGUGAAAGUUGUAAUUUAACUGGCUACAAGUGAGUUAAUAGCUAAACACAGAGGUUGACACAGCUUUUUACAUAUGUGUUGAGUAAUUUCCCUUGUUUUAAGCUGGGAUGGUGAAAUUAUUUGGUCAUAAUUUCUACCAUAUUGACAUUUUCUACAGAUUCUUUUUGCUCUCCUGUGUACUGUUUAAACAUUCCCUGAUCUAUGUAGUCUCACUUAAGUGCUUCCUUAUAAAUUCCCUUUUGUGCCACCUUUUAUUAUGUCAGUGGGUCAUAUGAAGUUUACAGCUUUACAUUUUUCAUUACUUUGUUCACCAUAUACAGUACUGUAGAUAUUUCAUAACAAGAUGCUCUCAUCAUAUACUGUUGGUUAUAUUUACUCAUUCCAUUGUUACCCAUUAUCUUAAUUUUUCAUCCAGCUCCAGUGUCCUGAGAGCCUGAGCCUGACUAAUGUAUCAACUCCUGGCACAAAUACUGUACUGUAGUGGUGUUUACAUAACUUACAUAUAUAUUGUCUCUCCUUCACGUGAAAACUGUUGUGGCUCCUGGGUUUUUUGGUUUUACUUUCAUUUAAUCCUUGGUUUACUUAUCAGUGAACUAAGUAUAACUCCCUUUUUAAUUGAGGAUUUUAGAUUUUUCACUGUCUUUAUAAAUUUUUAAUCAUGUUAAGUUCUGCUGCCUUUGUGUGAGCCAUUCCACAGGGUGACAUGUUUAUAGGUGUGAGUGGCAGAGAUCACUGGUUCAUGCCAUCUUUCAGUUAAAUGAACAAAAUAUUCCUUUAAUAAGUAAUGUUGUUACUUCAGUCCAGGGAAUGGCCAGUUAAGCAUUUGAUGUGAGCAUCAAUUUACCCAUCUUGGGAAGUGUUUGCUGUGCGAACAUGAUGCUGACAACCAAUUUUUUUAGGUUAGAAUGUCUUUUGAGAAGUAUGUUUACAAUAUAAAGAUUUCAAUGAAAAAUAGGUAACCAAUGCUAUGGUUCUAUUAAGCCAAAUAUAUAUUAAAUGGAAAUACUAUGCAUGUAUAGUGUACAUAGCAAAGACUUGUUACAAAGUGAGUAUUGUAGUGAGGCAAACUUGAAGCAUAAUGAUUAAUCUUCAGGAUUUUUUAAGUGCAUAAUAUAGAAGAUAAGAAUUGAGUGAUAACAUAGAAGGUACUGGUACUUAAACACAAUUUCAAGGCAGGUCUAAUUUGGAAAUGUGUAAAUUAUUUCAUUGUUUGUAUAUUUUUAAGAAUGUCAGGUUCUUUAUUUAUCUGUCGGUGUCUCAAGGCUGUCGUGGUGCAGCUUGUACUGUACGUACAUAAUAAUUACUUUUGGAAAUUCAAAUCUGUGAAGGUAAUGUAAUGUAAAAUCUCCUAAAUGAAUAUUAGUGUAGGUAGUACUUUUUUCCUCAUAAAUUCAUACAUAUUGUUGAACUUCGUCAUACAGUAUUUGACAAUGGAACAUGUAAGACUGUUCUGUGGUCAUUAAUAUUCAUAUUGAGGAUUAUAUGUAUUUUGUACAUAUUAAUAGCUUUAAUUUUUUUUUAUAUAGUAUAUAUAUAUAUAUAUAUAUCUGUAUUCUUUAAUAUCUUUCUCUGUACAAGUAAAUUAAUUAACUACAGAGGAAGGUUUAGUUUACUACCAGCAAAAAAAUAAUAAAUUGCAUUAUCAAUGAGGUUGAAAUUAGGAUUGCAGUAUUCAUGUCAGCAUAACACAGUAAGUUGUUGCCUUGAAUCUUCAGGAAACUAAUGUUUGUUUAACUCAUUUAAUGUCCCUGACCAGGGAUUCUGAACUAAUUUAUUUCUAUAAUAGGACCAUGUUUAUUUUGUACAGUUAGUAAUAAUAUUUUUGUUAUUUUAUGGAAGGCCUCAUUUUAGUGUGAAAUGUGUAAUAAUAAUGCUGCACUCAUAUAAUUCAUGUAACUCGCAGUAUUUUUGAUAAGGUUCCUGAUUAUGGUAUAUGUACCCAAAAUAUCUUUCUGUUCCAAACAAGUGAACCUUCACAAAAACUGCCUUGAUGUGUAGAACAAACUACUAUCGCUUUUGCAAUAAAAUAAUAGUAAUAACUAUU